CUGGCUAGUAUUCUAAAGGGUUCUGUCCAUUUACUCUUUGCUCCAUGCACUCUAACCCAGGGGCGGACUGACAACUCAUGGGGCCCCUGGGCAAUAGAGGAUCAUGGGGCCCCUGUGUCCUUGCCCAAACUCAAAAAAGCCUAUGAAAAAGGUACCAGGGGCAUCUCAUGAGGCCCCCUACUGACCCUGGACCCUCGGGCAGUGCCCGAGUUUCCAAAUGGUCAGUUCCGCCCCUGCUCUAUCCUGAAGUUACCGGUACUGCAAAGGAUAGUCUUCUACCUGCUUCAGCGAGGACUUCAACUAA